UUUCUUUCCCUAGGGGAACCCUGGUGUUGCUGUCGUCAGAGUUGCACAGUAUUUCUCUUCAUCACAACUUUAUUAUACGUAUAUUACUUUUCCUGUUACAUGAAACAUGAACUGCGAACACCCUUCCACCCUCCUCAUCCCCAGUCCGCGCAAUUGCGCUGUCGAGGCGCGUUUAAAACGUUGACUAAAGGAAAAUGGGAACGACGAAACGUUAGCGAUGAUGUGAUACGCAACAGACGGAGACACGAUAUGAUGUUAAGAGAACGCAAAGGCUGGCCUGAACGUUUGUUUCACGGCGAUCUCCGUUGUGGACCGUUGUUUCCUCUCCCGCGUAGGACAAGAAAGGCAGAAAGGCCUUACGUCUUAGAUGUACAAGCACAGUGUGACACUGACAGCCAAUACUAUUGCUGUCAUGGAAACACGGGCUGGUGUGGUCAUGGCGAUAAAUUCUGCAACUGUUCAAGCUGCAUAGAUUAUAGAUCAUUCAUCUCCGCUGAACUUGCGCAGUGGAAGCCACAUAAUGGUUGCCAAGUAAGGAACUUCACGCAAUCUUCGGCUUGUGAGUCAUUGUCACGCGGAGUUAGUAGCGUGACUUUCGUUGGCGAUUCACUUGUGCGGCAUUUUUUCUCAGCUAUGGUCAUCCUUCUGACCAAUGACCCCUUAUAUGGCGCAUUGAAAUUCAAAACACCACCUAAAAUGCGUGACAUUUGUAAAGGUGACAGCCAGUUUGUUGACAGCAUCUGUCACGUUCACACAGCUAUGACAUGGCGUGACAUUAUGGACAAUCCAAACUUCUGUGAUGGCUGGGCAAGGUUUCAAAUUUCAUAUGUGAAAGCUUACAAAGUUGAGCUGGCACAACUUGCCUUUCUUGCAAUCAGAAAACUCUUGAACAAAGUUGGUUCUAUUGUUCUCAUGGGAAUUGGCAUCCACAACAACUUUAACGCAUCAGCUGUUAUUCAAUCCUACCUUGAGCCUGCAGUAAAAUUAGUUUCAACAUCCAAAAAUGGUUGGCCACACCUUAUAUGGUUAUCAACUCAUUCUAUGGGUCCUUUAAAACCAAUAAACUAUCACCGUGACCAAGGAAAUCCAGCCAUUUUGUCUUUCAAUGAAAAUCUGCGAAAAUACUGCAAUCGCCACAACAUCAGUCUGUUUGAUAGCUUUAAUAUGACAAUGGGUGUUCACAGUUUUGAUGGAACUCACUUUGGAGUUGGUGUAAACACAGUGAAAGUACAAAUACUCUUAAACUACCUAGAGGAAUAUUUUUCAAGAUGA